GUUUGGGUGGGGAGACAUCAUUUAUGCAAGAAGAGUGAUGUGCCACAAUGAACGGAAGUGUGGCAGUUUUGAUUCUUCUUAGCACAGCUUGUCUGACUCAAACUAAAGAGACUUCUCAACAGAUCUCUUUGACUGUGGCUGAAGUUGGUGAUAAUUUCACUCUGAUAUGCCCAUUCUCUUGGGAUGAACCCGGUUUGUUUUACUGGUAUAAACUGAGUUUUGGAUAUAUGUUCCAAACUGUUGCUGAGGGAUCUUUUGACAAAAUCACACGUAAAGGACACUUUAACAACUCAAGAUUCACAGUUGAACGAAUCAAUACUCAGUAUUUUCUUCACAUCAGAAAUGUAAGCAAAGAAGAUGAAGCAACAUACUUCUGCCAAGCUGGAUCAGCAUACAUAAGGACCUUUAUUAAUGGCACACUUCUGGCUGUGAAUGAUCAUAGAAAUCAGCAGAAAUAUUUCUAUGUGAAACAAAGUCCAGAGAUGGAGUCAGUCCAGUCGGGAGAAUCAGUGACUCUUCAGUGUUCGCUUUUUCCCAAGAAGAAAGAAAACACAGAUCAGUGUCCCGAUGUGCACAAUGUGUACUGGCUCUACAGAGGUGCUGCGGUCCAAUGUGGGGAGAUUCUGUUUUGUGAAAGGACUGAAAGGGAGACGGAACAAGAAUGGGACCCAAUUAUUCUUGUGCUGGGAAUACUGUUGGCUCUCUGCAUGAUUGUGAUUGCCAUCCUUAUUUUCUCAAGACACCAAAAGUGACUGGAAGCUAUAGGAGUGGACACUGCACCAACUGUUCUACAAAUAGCUCUUUGUUUCAGCAUGUGUAAUAAAGUCAUUUCAACAUGUAUUAAGUGUGUAUCAAUGCUGUUCCUCGAGAUUAGUUGUGUAUUGUGUAUUUAUACGUUAGACCGUAAUCAUGGUUCUAGGAAGAUACAUGGAAACAUCUCUGUGGGUCUACACAGAGAAGGGUGUUAUGGGUUGACAUGCACGCCUCACAAAACUCAAAAUGUGUC